AUGGUCUACUGGAUCGGAGACCCGGAACGAACGGGUCUCGGCCUACAAAUUGACCCAGAGGCGAGGUCGGCUCUGCUCACGAGCAAUUUUACCGAUGCCAACGUUGGAGGGGUAGCCUGGUACAACGACGUUGGCAGGCAUAGCCACCGUGGUGACAAAAUACCCAAAAACAACUGGGUGUUGACUGUCAAGUUUGGUCAACUCAACCUCUUCCGUGUUUCGUGCGUGUUAAACGCAGGCCUCGCUACUGGGAGGAUCAUCCGUCUCAGGGAUAAGGCUCGAUAUGUGCGGGAGGCAACGAAGCCAAGGAUCGCAGACGAGAAGCUGAAGAUGAGGAUCGCAGGCUUCGGAUCUACUACAUAA